CUUUCAUUUUCAUUUCUGCAGAGUCAAUUCUCGGGUGUCAGACAGCAUUGUCUCUGGUGAUGGCAGAAGCUCUUUCUUCCCUCUCUAUGAGUCAGUACUCCUGCUCGUUGUGUCUGGAGGUCCUGAAGGAGCCGGCCACUCUCCCGUGUGGACACAACUACUGUCUGGAAUGUAUUAAUAAGCACUGGGAUCGGCUUGACAUAAAGGGGACCUGCAAGUGCCCUCAGUGUGAAAUGGAGUUUCAUCCAAGGCCACAGCUUUACAAGAAUACGACUCUUUCAGAUCUGAUAGAAAACAUAAAGGAACAUACAGUUAGAAGAACCCCAUCUAAGAGAAAACGGAAAGCUUCAAUGACCAACAUGGCCUCCAACAGUGAAAGUCACCUGCAGCAUCCUGGGGAGUCUGCAACCUCCAAGAGACGCAAACUGGAGGAGUCGACUGGAAAUCUGAAAGAGAACUUCUGCACAAAGCACCAGAGAGUCCUGGAGAUGUUCUGUAGGACCGACAAGAUGUUUGUCUGCUCAGAGUGUGUGGCGACUGAACACAGCUAUCACGACACCAAGACGCUCAAUGAGGAGAGAGCUGAGAGAAAGAGUCAGCUGGAGAGCACAACAAAAGAAGUGAAAAAGAGACUCCAGGACAAAAUAAAGAGAGUGGAGAAACUGAAGGAGACUUCAGCGAGGAUCAAGAUUUCUGCAGAAGAAGAGGUGCAGGAGCACCAGAAAACCUUCAAGUCUGCAAUUCAGUUCAUCGAGAGACUGAAGUUAAUUGUGAUCGACAUGAUCAGAGAUCAAAAGCGGAAGAAAUUGCGAAAGGAUGAAGAGCUCAUUAAGAGGCUGGAGAAGGAGAUCAGAGAGCUGAAGAAGAGAGACACUGAGCUGGCCGAACUUUCACAGACAGACAACCACAUCCACUUCUUAAAGAAACUUCCAUCUCUCAGUCUCCCUCCUGAAGACGACAGCUCACCUGAGGUUGCUGGUAAUGGAGACUUCCUUCCUGACUCUAAGAGGAAGAAGCUUACUGUUCUGAAGGAAAGACUGGAGGAGAUCGGCAGCCUGGGGUUUGUGAAGACCAGUAAGACCGGGGCUGUUGUUUCAGGAGAUGUCCUGAAGAACCUGAGGAGUAGAAGCAACUUUUUAAAAUAUUUCCAGCCUCUCACUUUGGACCCCAACACAGCACACAAACAUCUGCACCUGUCUGAAAGGAAAAAGAAGGUGACCCAAGAGGAAAAAGAGAGCCGAUAUCAUGAUCACCCUGACAGAUUUGACUACUGGCAGCAAGUCUUGUGCCGAGAGGAGCUGAGAGGGACUUGUUUCUACUGGGAGGUUGAGUGGAGUGGGAAAAAUGUUGAGAUUGGAGUCACAUAUAAGGGAAUCAGCAGGAAAGGAGUGGGUGAUGAGUGUGUCCUCGGAUUCAAUGACAAGUCCUGGAAUUUGAGCUGCUCUUAUUGCUCCUGCUCUGCAUGGCACAAUAAGAAGGAAACUCAAAUCAACGCCCCCUUUUGUCACAGAAUAGGUGUGUUUCUGGACUAUUCUGCUGGCUCGCUGUCCUUUUAUAGCGUUUCAGACUCAAUGACCCUCCUGCACAGGUUCAGCGCCUCCUUCACCGAGUCACUCUAUCCAGCAUUCCGUCUUGGAUCUGAAUCCUUUGUAGCCAUCUGCCUUCCAAACCAGUCCAGCUUCUACCAUCUGUAGGUCACUUUUUGUCUUCUGUCACACAGGCUGUCUCACAACUUUAGAGUCAUCAAGAAACUUCCACGGACCGUGUCAGAGUAGUUUUGUCACUUCAUUCCCGGUACUUGAUUCACACUCCUGCUGGUGGCCCUGACAUUUCUUCUGCUGGGUUG